CCUUGGGGCAACAUAAGCACUUGGAUGAGCAGAUACACGCGAUUGGUCGCCACUAUGGCUUUACCUAGUGUCUUAUUGGCGGCCUGCGAUACGUCCAUCUAAACCACAGUCUUAAAAGCUCCGCUCCGACUGUGGUCAGCACAGUAAUGCGAAUACUGUCCCAUUCAGCUUCAUCAUCAUGGCAAGCAAUGAGAGCCUCGUCCGAGCGGCGCCCUUGCCAGACAUCCUUCCAACCAUCGGCAGCUUCUUCAGGCAAGCUGUAGCAUUGUAUCCUGACCAUGUCGCACUUUCUUGUCCUCACCAAUCGUCGGAUCUCUUUGGCAUGUGCAGCAUUCCUUUGGACGCCGACGAGUACCGCGAGAAGCCUUGGCUACGUUGGUCGUACACAGUCUUCAAACAAUGCGUCGAUAGAUUUGCGUCUGGGCUCAGAGCCCACGGAAUCUCCUGCGGAACCUCUAUCGUAACCUUUCUUCCAAAUGUCGCUGAAUAUAUGAUUUGUUUCUGGGCUGCUGACGCGUUAGGGUGUUCUUUUGUACCAAUCAACCCAAAAAACUUGACCAAUGUGGCGGAGGUUGAUCACAUGUUACGAACAAUGUUAUCUGUAGGGCCUAGCUCUGAAGGGGCAGUCAUAAUUGCGGGGAGUGACACGAUGGAAAAGGUCGACGUGCUCGCCAUCCCUGAAUCAACUUUGAAAUGUGUAGUCGGAGUGUCAACAUCGUCGGAUUGGGUGCCAUUCGAACAACUGUGUCAACCCAAUGCUGGACCGGGAGCUGGACUCAACAAACAUGAUGACGGCUUUGAAUCUUCAAAUCUGCACAGUCUUGUCAUGUUCACCAGUGGAACUACAUCCUUACCUAAAGGCUGUUUGCUGGACCAAGAUAUUCUAAGAGCAACCUACAUGCAAUGGAAAAUAGGUAACGAGGUAACCCAUAGACCAGACACUAUAGUUUGUCAUGCCUUGCCAAACAACCACAUGGCUGCAAUGCAUUAUAUGCUUCAUACCCUAAGCGAAGGUGGUAUGAUCAUGCAUCCUGGACCUAGUUUCGAUCCCGAUCUUCUUCUUAAGAUGUCGACUAUAGAGAGAUGCACGCUCUUGUUACUGGUACCGGCAGCACUUCAAGGCGUUGUUGCGGCCGCUGCAGGACUUCCAAAGGUACAUUCCCUGGAAUCUAUCACAUUGGGUGGUGCUGCUCCGACUAUCAGAGAUAUAGAACUGGCCUAUAACGGUCUGGGAACUCCAAACGUCGAACACGUUUUUGGGAUGACCGAAGGCGUCGUCACAUCCACGGGUCGCGUUUCGUCAUCUGCCGACAUAGUGAGAAAUGGACUGACGACGUGUGGGAAAGCCAGACAUGGCAGUUGUCUUAAGAUAUGCGCUCCUGGGGAGCGCCAUCCAGUUCCCCGGGGCGUCCCUGGAGAAUUGCACGCGAGUGGUCCUUACAUCGUUCGUGGUUAUAUUGGCCUCAACAGCGACUCUUUCUACAAGGACUCUGAUGGAAGAUCUUGGUUCAACACUGGAGAUCAAGCUUUCAUUGAUGAUGAGGACUUUUUAUUCAUCUCUGGCCGGUACAAAGAAAUGCUUAUUCGUGGCGCCGAGAACAUUUCGCCCGCGGCAGUCGAAGCUGCUAUUUCAACAGUACCUGAUCUUGCUUUACGUCAGAUCCAGAUAACUGGGGUACCGGAUGAGGCUGCUGGGCAAGUGCUGGUGGCUAUUUCAGCACAGGUACUAGAUUCUGCGACCCAGAAACGUGUAAGGAAUGUCAUAAUCGACCGCAUGGGUACUAUGUUUGUUCCCGAGACGUUUUACCACCUCGAAGAGCUUGGCUUGGCAACUUAUCCGACGACCAGUCUGGGAAAGAUACAGAAAAUACCGCUCGCUGCUAUCAUCGCCCAGCAUCGUGGGCGUAAGCUCAGCAGUGACUACACAUUCCCAACAGACAACAGAGAAAUCAUGGGUCCAACUAUAUCAUUGGCUAAGCUCCAAGAUACUUUACGGAAGACCUGGGCUCGAGCUGUCGGAUUAGACGUCGUUGAUGUACCACUGAACCUUUUAGUAACAGAAUUCGCGGACAGCGUAACUGCAAUGCGUGUCCGUAGUAUGAUUCGGAAGCAAGUUGAACGUGACAUCACACUUGUCGAAUUGACAACCACGACCAUUGAGCAACAAGCGCAAUUGCUCCACUCACGUCCUCCAUUCAAUGUCAGCAACGCCGUUAUCGCCACGAAACAAAGGCCUGGUCCUCCGUUGGCCGAUGAUAUGACACAUUUAGCUGGACGUGAGGAGUCUCUUGAGGACACAAAGCAGCUCGUUGAACGAACUUUGACUCCUUUAGGGCUCAGCUGGGACGAUGUUGAGGAUGUUAUACCUGCUUAUGACUUUAAUCAAGUUAUUUCAAAGGCGAGAAUCGUCGAUUCGCUUACAUGGAACUUUGCUAUACUACCAAAGAAGUUUCGGGCCGCCGAUAUUGGAGCAGUUAUCGAGAAACUCUUGAAAGUACAUCCUCUAUUUCGUUCAUUCUUUAUACGGGAUACAGACACUCUUAAUAUGGGACGGCUGGCUCUUCACAUUAUUAUGCGUCCAAGACCAUCACUCCUCAGUCGCAUUAUACUCCAGGCUGGUUCUGUUAAGACUGUGGCGGACCUCGCAGCUAUCGUGCACAAUUACCCUACACCCUCUCAUGCCAUAAUUCCCGGCCCAAUGGCCGUCUUCACCAUCUACACUAUCGAGGAAAGUGGUCUAGCAGGCUUCAUUCUGCGUGCGAGCCAUACCAUGUUGGAUGCUUCAUAUGGCCGUCUAUUACUCGAAGACAUUGAAAGAGUCUGUGGUGGUCUUUCACCCAAUCCCCACGUCGAUUACAAGCUAUGGGCCGACUGUUAUUAUUCAUUUCGUGACUCGCCACAAGCCUUAGCCGCUACCAAGUAUCAUAUACGACAACUUGCUGACCUUAGUGCUCAUCGGAAUGCACUAUGGCCCCCUCGUUCGUCUUGGAUGUAUUCCCGCGCUUCUCAUGACGGCUACAGAUACGCGUUCGAUUGUCCCGGUAUCAUCACUCUCCGCAAACGGAAUCCCGUGUUGACCCCAUCCGCAAUCUUCAAAUCAGCGUUGGUACUGCUCAACGUAUCCCAAACUGGCCACAGCCAUGCAUUGUUCUCAAAUAUGGAAUCCGCACGAACAGCUUUCCCGUUCCUUCCAGCCUCCAUGGCACAGCUCCCCCAACUUGAUCCCAUAGAAGUAGCAGGACAAUGCAUGACCAGUGUCAUCAACCUAAUAUCUUUACGUGAUCAUGAAACACUUCUCGCCUUCCUAGCGCGAAUUCAAGACGACCAAACCAAUUCGAUACGCUACGCUGAGGCGCCCUGGCACGGAGUCAUGGAUGGGUUGAAUGACGCUGGACAUUUGCUCCCAGAAGUUCUAUGUCACCAGAUCUUUAAUUGGGUGCCUGAGUUACUGACGUUGAACGAUACAGAUACAUUCGACAACUUUCGCGUCGUGGACACGUUCAACGGUCCGGUGAUUGGCUUGGGUUUGACCGCAGCUUUUGGUGGGAAGACUGGGGUUGCGGCAGCAAUACACCUGAGGGGCAUAGGAACAAGUUUAGAGGAGAAGAAGAGACUGGCAACGAAGUUCGAAAGUUUGUUGAUGUGGCUGGUGAAUGAGGCAAAUUGGAGUAAAGGGAUGGGAGAGGAGUGGAAAGAGUGCCUCUAAAGGUCGGCAUCUAAAGUGAUGUUCAUGGCGGAUCAUGGACUACAUAUCUACUGUAGGACUCAGGAAAUUCUUGCAGUAAAGUCACAGUCGGCUGUCGCCACUGUGUUGACGAGUUUCAACUUGAACGGCUAUCAGCCCUAUGAACAGUUCCGUUUAGUUCAGUGGUCAGUGACAUUCAAAAU